AUUUUCCUUUUUGAAACAAUAAAUAAACUUGACCAAUCAAGAGGCUCAUACUUGUCGAUAAUGCCAAUGUUGGGCUUGUGACAAGGUGCCAUAUAGCCAUAGACUUACGAAAGCAUCCGCCUCCACCUGUAGCGUGCAAAAUAACCUCUCCCACGUCUCACGUCACCCUUCUGGAAGAUAAAUUAUAGAACGAAACGCCACACAACUCUUUCACUUUCUUCAGAGCUCAGCUCAUCCGUCUCUUCCAAUGGCUCAGCAGAAGGCGGUGCUAAAGGUCUUGACCAUGACUGAUGAUAAGACGAAGCAGAAGGCCAUAGAAGCUGCCGCUGAUAUUUAUGGCGUUGAUUCGAUUGCUGCGGACAUGAAGGAACAAAAGCUAACAGUGAUAGGGCAGAUGGAUCCAGUUGCGGUGGUGAAGAAGUUGAAGAAAGUAGGGAAAGUAGACAUAAUUUCUGUUGGGCCUGCCAAAGAACAAAAGAAAGAAGAGAAGAAAGGGGAAAAGAAGGAAGACAAGAAAGAAGAUAAGAAAGAGGAAAAGAAGUAAAACCCAAGAACAAAAAAAAACAAAACAUCCCCAUUAAAGAACCCUUGUCUUGAAUUUCACAUGGUUUUCAAGAAUCUACGGUUACGAAUACAUUUCAGAAAAUAGUACAAGAGAGUUAUAGUGAGCCUGCUUUCCUGCAUGUUUGCACAUGGUACUGCUCUCUCAUGGGUUUUUGUCCAUUUUUACUUUUUUCUUUAAAUAAAUUUCCAAAUUUAAUUUC